AUGUUCUCGCAUGACAUCAACGCCCGGAUACUCCAUAUUCCGCAUAGCAAGGAGCGAUAUAUGCAAGUUCGAAUUAUGCAAACUGCCCUGAUCCUGGCCAUCUUGGGCUGGACGUUGACUGCAACUGCCAAGGAGGCGAAAACGCAAACGGUGACGGCAGCCAACUUUGCUCGUGCUGAAUCAGAUAUGUACUUCAGCAAUUUCGUCAGGGACGGUGGCUUCGGCAAAUUCAGCCACACGCGCGAGUUGGCGUCCAUCGAUCACCAGACCGUGAUUCGGUUGAACCGUGACACUCUGUACUCGUUUGGCGUAUUCGACCUUGAGGCUUCACCGGUGACCGUAACCCUGCCCGAUGCAGGAAAGCGCUAUAUGGCGCUGCAAGUCAUCAGCGAAGAUCACUAUGCCCCCGAGGUGUUUUACGCACCGGGCAAACACAUCAUCACCAAGGAGCAAGUCGGAACACGCUACGUGGCUUUGGCGAUUCGUACCUUUGUCGACCCCAAUAGCGCGGCGGAUCUCAAGACCGUGCACGAGUUGCAGGACGCGGUGAAAGUUGAGCAGAAGUCUGUCGGAACCUUCGUCGUUCCAGAGUGGGACGCCGCCUCGCGGGACAAAAUGCGCAAAGCGUUGCUUAGCGUGGUCGAGGCUGCCGGUGGGAUCGAUUCGGAUCGCAUGUUCGGUAGCAAGGAACAGGUCGAUCCCGUGCAGCACCUGCUAGGAACCGCUGCGGGCUGGGGCGGAAACCCUCGAACUGCUGCGAUGUACACGGGGGCAGCUCCGGCUCAGAACGAUGGCAAGACCGCCUACGCACUCACAGUCAAGAACGUCCCCGUAGACGGUUUUUGGUCGGUAAGUGUUUAUAACAAGUCCGGAUUCUUCGAGAAAAACCCGCAGAAUGCCUACACCGUCAACAACGUCACGGCGAAACCGAACGCCGAUGGCUCGGUGACGAUUCACUUCGGUGGCGGCGAUACCACUGCGGUGAACUACCUGCCGAUCAUGCCAGGAUGGAAUUACCUAUUCCGGAUGUAUCGCCCGCAACAAGCUGUUCUGGACAACAGCUGGAAAGUGCCGACGGCGCAGCAGGCAAAU